CGGACUAGUGUUCUCGAAGCUGUUAAGAUGCCACCCAUGUCGGAGGAAGAUUUAGAAUGGUUCAAGUCCACUUUUCAUCCCAUCCCGAAACCUGAACUCCCCGACGAUUCUGUGGAGUAUUCGUUAUAUCAUAUCUCUUCCGACCCCACUCCCGCUAUCAUCGAUGAAGUCGCAGAAACAAGGUCGCGCUUGGUAGAGGUACAACGUACUGCAGCGGAAUUGACAAAGGAUCUUCUCAAAGGCUAUAUCUGGCAGAGAGAGGGAUUCCGCUUGGAGAUCACGAAGGAAGAUGGGACUAUCCUUUUACGCGGAUGCACCAACUUCGGAGAUUCGAUUGAAGAUGAAUGGGUGGUCGUGUACUUGUUGCGUGAGCUGACAAAGAAGCACAAGGAUAUCUGGGUGAAGGUCACGGAUAGUGAUGGGCAGUUCCUUCUCGUCGAGGCCGCCGGGGCACUCCCGUCAUGGCUGGAACCCGAAAUAGCGGACAAUCGAGUGUGGGUACACCGUGGCGAGCUCGUCAUUAUCAAGCCAAAGAACCAAAACCGCAAAGUGACAGAAAAGCUCUCUCUUUCAGACUCAAGAAGGAUUAUAGUAGAGGAGCCUGCGCGACUUAUGCGCUCGGCAAUGGUUCAGGAAGAGGCAUUCUAUCGAUUGCGCAAUUAUCCCAAACAGAUCAGCGAAAAUCUUCACUCCGCACUGAUUACGAUCCCUCGCAAGAUCGCUUACCUAUUACACCAGAAACCUGCCUAUAUCUCAGCAGCGGUGGAAGCUUUCUAUCUAAGGGACCCAAUCGCGUUACGGCCCCUUCGUGCUAAGGAGCCCGACAACUUCAUCUUUAAACCAGAAGAUUUCGUCACAGUCGGCGUCCGCUUCACAAGGGUCGGCUAUGCCCAGCUCAAAAGCCAAGACUUUCCGGCGCCAAAAUCCUGGAUUGGGGCACUACCUUCCAAGGAUGACCGAAAAGCCUAUGACCGAGCAGAGAUAGGCAUGAAGCUUGCCUGCGGGUUUGAAAUGCUCCUCGCUGAUCCGCAAAAUCAAGACAAGGCCGUCGUGAGAGAGAUAAAUCUUAUCUUGGAGGAUAUCGAAAGUGGAGAUGAGAGCUUACCUACAGAUGAGGAGAUUUCUACGUGGGAUAGAACAGAGGAUGAUGAAAAGUGGCUGGACAUCAGUUUUGAAGACCUUGACAGAGAACUCAAGGGAAAGGGCAAGGGAAAAGAUGACAGAAAUGCCCCCGAGGGUAGUUUUGGCGAUGCCAACGCCCAAGAGAACCUCCAGCGUAUCGUUGCACGCUUUGAGGAAUUUUUAAAUAACGAUUCAGCUGGCUUUGAAGGGGCUGACUUCUUCGAUGACUAUAAUUCUGAUUCCGACGUAGAGGAUGACGAAGAGGAAAUGAGUAGUAAUGGAGAGGACAAGGAGGCCUCCUUUGAUGAGGAGGAGUUCUCGAAAAUGAUGAAGGAGAUGAUGGGAAUGCCAUCCAUGCCUGGUCUCCCCGACUCAGCUCGGCGAUCGAUGCCGCGUAAUCGAGUGGAACAAUUAGAUGCUGAGUCUGAUGAUGACACUGAACAGAUACAGCAACUAUCAAGGCAGAUGGAGGCUGAGCUAAGAGGCACGGGUGUACUGGAGUUGAAUCGCCCUGGUAAGACAGCCACAGGCAAGCAAGCGUUAUCUGAGGGCAAGGCAAGCGAGGGCCGCGACGAAGAGGGGGAAAUGCCUGACCUCGAGGGUGACGAUAUAGAUAUCAAUCUUGCGAAGAAUUUAUUGGAAAGCCUCCAAAGUCAGGCGGGUGGUGCAGGGCCCGCAGGAAACAUGCUCUCCAUGUUAAACCUGCCCAUACCAAAAGAUGAUCGCGGCCGGUGAUGUCGCCACAUCCACUAUUAACUUA